ACAUAGAUUGUUUAACAGCGUGGGCGUGUCCUAGCAACCGAAUGCCACGCCUUCGCGACUAAAGCAAACCAAUUACGAUAAUAGUGUGUGUGCACAGAAAAAAAAAAAAAAGAGAAACGAAAUGAUGAACUUGUUUACAAACGGCGCGACCUGUUUUCGUCUCCAACCUUCGUCGCAUUUAAAAAUCGCCCGAUGAUGACCCCAACCCCGCGAAAAAUGUUAAUAAUAUCGCGAAUUUUAUUAUUAUUAUCGUUCGUUAUUCUUUUUCCGUUUCAUUUCUUGUCGAGUAAUCGGAGCGUGACCGGAAGAAGACGUUUUUCGCGCGCGCAGAAUGCAACUCGUCCUAUUCCUUCGGUUGACAAACGCAAGCAAAAGAAAUAACCGUCAUGUCUCUCUCUUUUCCUCAUUUCUUUUUUUGUGUGUUUCAAUUUGCAAGAUUUCAAUUUUGCAGGCUGAAUCGACGCAUUCCAUCGCGAACCACCGCUGCGACAACAGCAACAGCAGAGUUAACGACGCAGCAGCAGCAGCAGACGAUAACCGGUUAGCGGAGGAGAUGAACAAUCCGUGCGUGAUUCCGGCGAGGCCGGAGGACGUCGUCGGCGACAAGAGAUGGGAGAGCAUGCACAAGAGGUACGUGACGGAGGCGAGAACGUCGGAGCCGGAGGUCGUCUUCAUAGGCGACUCGAUCGUGCAGCAGCUCCAGUUCAGCACCAUCUGGACGGAGAAGAUCAACUCUUUGCAUUGCCUCAACUUCGGCAUCGGAGGUGACAGGGUCGAGUACGUGCUGUGGCGCAUCCUGAACGGCGAGUUCGAAUUCAACGUGCCGAUAAAAGCGGUCGUCGUGUUCGUCGGCACCAACAACACCGACUGCACGCCGCACGAGGUGUUCGAGGGUCUCCUCGAGAUCGUCAGAGCGGUCAAAUCGAAGCUGGGGGGCGUCGCCAUCGUCCUGCCGACGCUCCUCCCUCGCGGUCAGAACCCGAACCCCUACAGGGAGCGCAACGAUCACGUCAACACGUUCCUGCUGGACAAGUUCGAGAAUCCGGCGAACGCCGAGCCCGGCCUCACCGAGAACGUGCACGUCGUCCGCAUCCACGGCGGCAUCGUGCAGGGCGAUCAGACCAUCUCGCACCACGUCAUGCACGACUACCUCCAUCUCACCGAUUCCGGCUACGCGAAGAUCUUCGAACCCGUUCACAGCAAACUCAUGCAGAUCCUCAAGAACUGACCACCCCCCCAACAACAACAACAGGUUUCUUCUCAUCCUCAACACUAUUUACGUACUUUCAAAACAAUUAUAUAUAUACAUACAAGAAUGGUUCGCAACUUUGUCAAACAACAAUACACGUAAUUCGAUAAUAUAAAUCGCAUAAAUAUA